AACAGCCCUGCGCCACAGGGACGCAUUGAGCACAAACCCGAGAGGCAGAAACCGCUGCGGGGACACCCUUUGACCGCCGUGCCCAACAGGCACAGACUGCCUACGCACCGCGCGCCUCCCUGUCUGUCUGUAGCCCGUUUCUCACAGCUCCGACACAGAGAGAGCGCUUUGAACCUGCCUGCCAAGAUAAACUCACCUCGCCUAUUUAUGCCCCUGCCUCUGCGUGCACUCGGGACAGGAGGGUGUCAGCAGCGCACGGGACAGGUCCGGGUCAUUGCAGCUCGUCUCUUGCGGCGCACUGGCCACUUUUACGCGCCGGGAAUGGCGACUUUUGGGGACUCGGGGAUGAGUCCUGCUACGUUACCUCCACUCUAAAAUAGCCCAGGGGGACCCACGCGAGGGGACACGACAAGAGACAUACAGCGGUGACAGUUUGGCCACCCGCCGGGGGCGAGGGUGACACACCGGCCCCGGGGCGGAAUGCUACUCCCGACGCUGGUGACGUGCCUCGCCGGGUGCGCCUUUCUCCUCUCGCCGGUCAGCGAGGGCUGUGGACCGGGUCGAGGUUAUGGCAAGAGGCGGCCGCAGAGGAAGCUUGUGCCGCUCGCUUACAAGCAGUUCAGCCCCAACGUGGCCGAGAAGACUUUAGGGGCCAGCGGGAGAUACGAGGGGAAAAUAACGCGGAACUCUGAGCGCUUCAAGGAGCUCACCCCGAACUACAACCCCGACAUCAUCUUCAAGGAUGAGGAGAACACAGGUGCAGACCGCAUGAUGACACAGCGCUGCAAAGACAAGCUCAACUCUCUGGCCAUCUCGGUGAUGAACCUCUGGCCCGGGGUCCGCCUGCGGGUCACCGAGGGCUGGGACGAGGACGGCCACCACUCGGAGGAGUCGCUGCACUACGAGGGCCGAGCGGUGGACAUCACCACCUCAGACCGGGACAGGAACAAGUACGCCAUGCUGGCGCGGCUGGCCGUCGAGGCCGGGUUCGACUGGGUCUACUACGAGUCCAAGGCCCACAUACACUGCAGCGUCAAGUCAGACCACUCAGUGGCCGCCAAGUCUGGAGGUUGUUUCCCCGGCGAGGCUUUGGUCACAUUGGAGAGCGGCGGUCAGAAGCCCAUCAGUGAUCUGCAGCCUGGUGAACGGGUCCUGGCCUCGUCGGGCAGCGACGGCAGCGGUGAGCUGGUUUACAGCGAAGUCCUGACCUUCCUGGACCGUGACCCAGUGACCCGGAAACUUUUCUACACUCUGCAGACUGAAUCCAGGACGCAGCUGUCUCUCACCGCCGCCCAUCUAAUAUUUGUAUCUGAGGGGAACUGCUCAGAGGGGGCUGUGCCAGCCCCUGGCACCCUCAGGACUGUGUAUGCCAGCGAUGCCAGGCCGGGGCAGUGUGUGCUGGUGUCAGAGGGAAAGCCGGGGCAGAAUCACAGAGAGGGACGUCUGUCUCAGAUCACGCAGGUCACCCUGAGAGAGAAGAGGGGGGCGUUUGCUCCGCUGACCCAGCAGGGGACAGUGGUGGUGGACGGGGUGGUCGCAUCCUGCUACGCCCUGGUGGACCAACACUGUCUGGCUCACUGGGCCUUCUCCCCGCUCAGGCUCAUGCACAGCUGGGCCGGCACUACUGGACCCCACGGUGAUGGGAUCCACUGGUUCUCUCAACUUUUACACUGGCUUGGGAGGCUUCUGCUAGACUCUGGUCGCUUCCACCCGCUGGGCAUGGCCCAGGACGGCAGGUGAAGGAGGAGACAACAGGUUCAAACGGACAGAAAGGAACCUGAACUCCUUCACCUUUUGAGGGACAUGGACCCCAAAUACAAACCUGUAAAGCUUAACAGGAACCAUGACCAACUACCUACAGGAUGGGAGAAGUUUGGGUUCCUGCUGAGGCAUUAUAGGGGGGGGGGGGGGGGUCUGUGAACUGAUACAGAUGAAUUCCUCUAAAAUAAGAAGAUCUCAAGAAGAAUAUGAGAUCACUCAGAGUCUGAAUGACCUCAAAACACGGGGGUAUUGACUUUGUACCCUUGAAACACUAUAAGACAAUAAUCCUGUUAUUAAUCCUUAAUUUACCCCAGAAAACACACUAAGCACCUUAAUUUAAGUAGAGAUUGUUUGAAUUUGAAAAACUAAACACAUUAAAUGUUUGGGAUUGUGUCUAAGGUAUUUUCAAGUUCAAAUAAAUAACAUUUUGAGGGAUUCAGGACAAAGGAUUGUUGGUAAAUUAAUGGACUGUACAUUUUAUGAGCUUUGUUUGUGGAUUUAAUAGAUUUGAGGUAAUCAUUGAGUUAAAAAUGUAAGCACUUUUAAGUUGAGGAAUAGCCUUUGUUUUUAUUGGUCACUGUUAAGGGGUUCUUACUCCCUAAAUACCCGUAAACUGUGCCGCUAAUCUUUUAUAAUUAAUUAUAAGCAUCACAUUCUAAUACCAAUUCAUUGCAAAAUGGUUAAAUCCAUAAAUUUGAACAUAAACUGGGGUUUCAGUAGAUUUUGUGAAUGAUUAAAGGGGUUUGAAGUUUGUCGAUCACAUUUAAGGUGUUUUCACCCCUCAGAAAAACCCAAUUUAAACCCAUUUAAAACCAUUAAUAUAAUAUGGUCCUUGAAUGUAUAGAUUAUUUUACUCUUAAUCUGGGGUAAUUCUUUUAAAUACAUGAAUAUUAAGUAAGAACUCAAUUUCAAAUGUCAUUCAUUUGUACCUGAAGAUGAAACUUCUAACUUCUAAUAACAACUUAAGAAGUUUGGCAAAUUUAAAACCCUUGAACAACACAGGUAAUGCAUUAAGAAGAUGAUGUAUAAAAUGAAUGGUUAAAACCCGUUAUAAUACCCUGAGUGUGAUAACAUUGAAGUGUAAAUCAAUGGAGUUUCAAUAUGAAUUUGAGGGAUUUUGUUUGAUAGUGUCCAUGGAGAUGUCGUGCUGUCACAUUACUGCUUUAACACAGAGGUUAUAGAAUAAAUGAUAGUGUAUUUAAGUGUUCUAUUUGUUUACCAGAAAUCCUGUAAUGUUUUAUGGAGUUAUUGUGGGUGAAGAGAUAUGAAAAAAAGAUUUAUUUUUGAAAUUAAAUUAUAUGGAAAUGA